GUGCUAUCUUCCAGCCCCAGGUAUUCUCUCCACGUUACUCAAAUCAUGUGCUCUUUGGUUUUGAAUUCGGCGAUGGGAGGGCCAUGGUCGAUCCUCCAACACUCACCGACAGAUAUAUUUCUGACCUGGUCCCUCCACUCAGCACAGGGCCUGUCGAGCAUCCCUCAACCUCUAAUCCUCUUGUGUGAGAAGCCAAUAUUUGAAAAAGCAACUACAAUAUGGCCAACACAGCGGGGGCGGCAUAUGUGCCGCUCUCUCAAGGAUUUGGCUAUGGCAUCAUUCUAGGUUUGGGCUUUGCCUUCGCCCUGGGGAUGAUAUUCACCACAUGGGCGUUGAAACGCUAUCACGGCGAAGUUCAAACUUCAGAAGCAUUCUCAACGGCUGGCAGAACAGUCAAAUCUGGUUUGGUUGCAGCAGCAGUUGUUUCAUCCUGGACCUGGGCAGCCACUCUCCUUCAAUCCUCUGGCGUUGCCUACUCAUACGGUGUGAGUGGGCCGUUCUGGUAUGCCUCUGGUGCCACGGUUCAGAUCCUGCUAUUCGCGACGCUGGCUAUUGAACUGAAGCGCAAAGCACCCAACGCUCAUACUUUCCUCGAAGUCAUUAAAGCAAGAUAUGGAGUUGUCUCGCAUAUCGUGUUCCUUGUUUUUGGCCUCAUGACCAAUAUUCUGGUCACAGCUAUGCUUCUGACCGGUGGAAGUGCUGUCGCUAGUUCCCUUUGCGGCGUUCCCACCGCAGCAGCUUGCUUCUUGCUCCCUGUGGGCGUGGUGCUCUAUACCAUGUUCGGCGGGAUCAAAGCCACAUUCCUCACCGAUUAUGUUCAUACGGUUAUUAUCCUCACCAUUAUAUUCAUAUUCGCGUUCAGUGCAUACGCAACUAGCGAUGUUGCCGGAUCUCCCGGGAAAAUCUGGGAAUUGCUGGUUGAAGCCGCGGCGAGACACCCAGUUCACGGGAAUGCUGAGGGCAGUUAUCUCACGAUGCAGAGCAGAGAAGGAGCUAUAUUCUUUGUUAUCAACAUUGUUGGAAAUUUCGGCACUGUCUUCUUGGACAAUGGAUAUUACAAUAAGGCUAUCGCUGCCUCUCCAGUUGAUGCACUGCCUGGCUAUGUCUUAGGAGGCCUGUCUUGGUUUGCUAUCCCAUGGCUUUGCGCUACCACUAUGGGACUUGCAGCGCUUGCAUUAGAAAGCAAUCCUGUUUUUCCGACAUAUCCCGACCGCAUCCCUCAUGCUGAUGUCUCUGCCGGUUUGGUCCUGCCGUAUGCUGCAGUGGCUUUGCUUGGGAAAGGUGGAGCGGCAGCCACAUUGCUCCUGAUUUUCAUGGCUGUUACCUCUGCGUCUUCAGCAGAACUGAUUGCCGUGUCCUCAAUCUGGACCUACGACAUCUACCAGACCUACAUCAACCCCAAGGCUUCUGGAAAGUUCCUGAUUCGAAUGUCACAUGUCUCUUGUGUGGUAUAUGCUAUUAUUCUGGCGUCUUUUUCAACCGGGCUAUUCUAUGCUGGUGUAGGAAUGGGCUACCUUUAUCUCCUUAUGGGCUGCAUCAUCUCCAGCGCCGUCCUGCCAGCGACUCUUUCGUUGAUGUGGAAGGACCAGAACUGGCAAGCCGCAGCCGGUGCUCCUAUACUGGGUUUCAUCUGUGCCAUUACUGCGUGGCUUGUGACGGCCAAGAAGGAAUGUGGUGUUCUCAACGUCGACUGCACGGGAUCCAACAAUCCGAUGCUCGCUGGCAACGUCACUGCAUUGCUCAGCCCUCUGAUCUUCAUCCCUGUCCUCACCUUUGCCUUUGGUAAGCAAAACUACGACUGGGAAUCCAUGAAACAGAUUCGCAAGGUCGACGACUCAGAAAUUCUGCGACGAGCCAGUGUCGACGCUGAGAUGGCUCGCACCGUCAUCAUGCAGUCGGCUGAGCAGGAGGCAGCGGAGCAAACCAAACUCCACAAGUCUGCCAUCAUUGCACGAAGCUUGACUGGCAUCAUGACACUGGCUCUCCUGGUGCUUUGGCCCAUGCCUAUGUAUGGGACUGGGUACAUAUUCAGCAAGAAGUUCUUCACAGGGUGGGUCGUCGUCGGUAUUCUAUGGCUAUUUUUCAGUUCCUUCUGUGUGGGCAUCUUCCCGCUGUGGCAAGGAAGAAAGACUAUGGUUCACACGGUCAAGUCGAUGGUGCUGGACGUCACUGGUAAAAGGAAGCCUGCUAUGCUUGGUGACGUUGUCCAAGUUGAGGACGACAGUGGCCAGCAGACCCCAGACGAGAAAAUCGCCAUCAAGACUUCCUGAGACUGUGCUGGGUUUUGAGGGUCUAGGUGGAUCAUCUGGUUCCAAAGGCCUUUUUACUCAUGGACACCGGGAUGACGAAGUGUAUGACAUGUCUUGUCGUUGAUGGAGCCUCAGAUGUGUGAUCGAUUAUAUAGUUGAUGGUCCUAAAGUGAGAACGUAAAGUGACUUCACUGGCCUAAGAAGGUGUUGGUUGAUGUGGCAAUGGUCUCGGAGGUUCCAUACACGGUCAUCGAAGACAAUGACAUUGAUCUAUCAAGCGUGCUCGACCUGACUACAUCAAACUGCAGCCAUCCAAACAAAGGUACACUUGACCUUGUUAGCAUUAUCAGGGGUUUGCUAUGGUGCACAGGAUAUACUUCGUCAGUGGCCUGAUCCUUAAAUUGAAACUGCC